GGUUCGAUUAGCUCUCCGAUGAAAUGGAAGGUGUAAAGCUAGCUGGCUGCGAGCUAAGAGUUGAGUUUAAUUUCGAUCCUUACCGGGAGUGGUACUAAUUAAGUAGUGCGGAUAUGACGGCGGAAACCAAUACGGGUCCGAUGAUCGGCCAGCGGCAUUUACAGGCCUUUUUGCUCUUCCUGUCUAUUGUGGUCAAUUACAUGGCCAAGUUCAAUGCUGGAGUGGCUGUGGUGGCAAUGACAAAUGCCGAGAAUACUAACCCGAAUUUUCCUGAGUACGAUUGGAACGAAAUGGAGCGGUCUUACAUACUGUCCAGCUUCUUCUGGGGAUACAUAUUGACACAAUUCCUUGGCGGAUGGCUCUGCCGACGGUACGGAGCCAGGAUCACCAUGUUUGUCUCCACCAUUGGAUCUGCUCUCCUGGCCUUACUGCCGCCCUGGUGUGUUUCCUGGGGUGGCUGGCAGGCUUAUUGUGCCAUUCGGAUGUCAAUGGGACUUUUUCAGGGUUUCCUGUUUCCCUGUAUCCAUGCUCACUUGGCCAACUGGUGUCCGGUGAAUGAACGAAAUCGUCUAGGAGCCUUGGCCAACACGGGUAUAGACUGUGGAACUUUGGUGGCCAUGUUUGCUAGUGGACUACUGGCAGCCUCAAGUGUAGGUUGGCCUGGAAUCUUCUACGUUUCCUGUGGCGUAGGUGUUUUCUGGUGCAUCAUCUGGUGGAUUUUUGGAGCCAACACCCCAAGGGAGUCCAAGUUCAUCAGCGAAGCAGAACUGAACUAUAUUGAGACUUCGAUCAACUCCAGUCGCAAAGCAGAGGAGGCAGAGCAAAAGGCCACUGGACGAAUUCCCGUUCCAUGGAAGGCCAUUUGGACCUCGAUUCCCUUUUGGGCUUUGAUGAUCACCAGGUGCUGCCAGUCCUGGGGAUAUUCCACCCUCCAGACCGAGAUGCCAGCCUACAUGAAUGGUGUCCUACUGAUGGACAUGAAGAGCAAUGCUCUUUACUCGGCUCUCCCGUAUUUAACCUCUUGGAUUAUGGCCUUCGUCUAUCUGAUCAUCGCUGAUAUCCUGCUGACCAGAGGCAUUAUGUCCAUUACUGGCAUCCGCAAAAGUGUGAAUUCGAUAGCGUUCUUUGUUCCCGCUCUUGCCCUGAUUGGAGUCAGCUUCUUGGACAGUACCCAGAAGACCCUUGCUGUGGUGCUUAUGUGUGCCAAUGUGGGGGUCAAUGCUGGCUCUACGAUUGGAAGUACUAUCAACACCAUUGAUUUGUCUCCUAAUCACGCUGGCAUUCUCAUGGGUAUUAUUAAUACUGCUGCUAAUGUUGUGCCUAUUUUGACGCCCCUGCUCGUAGGAAUCAUCGUCAAGGAUGAUCACGAUCGCGAACAGUGGCAAAUUGUGUUCAUCAUAUCCGCCGCCAUCUUCUUUGUGGGUAACAUAAUCUACCUAGCCUUCGGUCAAAUGGUUAACCAGCCUUGGGAUGCACCCGAUUUUAUGGAUAAGCAGCGUUCCUCGAAUCUACAAGAGGAAGGAAAUUCCAAGGCCCUGGAAGCACAGCAAAGUGAGAAAUUAGAGGAAGCGAAGCGUAAGGAAAGUGAAGCUGGCCUAGAAAGCAAUGGAACCAAAACCAAUGACGUAACUGAGGAAAGCCUUGACCACAACUCAAUUUGAAAUCAUGGGAAUAUCAAAUUUUACCUCGAAACCUAGGAAUUUUACUCCCGGCUGGACCGGAACUCUUUUUUAUCAAUAGUUUUUAUUCAGUAGCUAAAAAUAAGUCAUAUAUUUUCCCAAUGAUUGCAUUAAGUUGUAAAUAUAGAUUUUUUAAUGAA